GACUAGAUAUUUCCUGGAGACGGAAUCACCCGCAUGACUCAAUGAAGUACAAUUAUUGAUUAUACUGCACCCCCCCUCCCUCCCUCUCCUUCCACCAGCUCUCUCUCUUUCCCUCUCUCUCUCUCUCUCCUUUCCUGGAGUGCUGCAGCGAGGGAGGACUGACUGCACCGAAAAGAAGCCCCACUGCCGUGCGCUGGCAAUUACCUCUGAUCUUAUUCUUACAGUAAAAGCCCACGAGAUUUGUUUUCUCCAUUAAGCCAAAGCGAAGUCGGAUGCAAUGGGUAACAGCUCAGUCCACUGCUCUCGCCAUAAAUGACGUUUGGCCGAUGAUUGCCACAGCCGUCCUGGUUUAUCUCCUGUGGUGACUGGGGACUCCAGAUUUUUCCUACCUGCUGUAUCUCGAGACUCACUGGUCUCACCACCUGCAAUUCCAGUUUAUACAAACCCCUCUUCCUUUUUUUUUUCUUUUUUUUAAAAAUACUUCUAAGUAUUCUCUGAACCCCCCGUGAAGACCUACUGUUGGAGCCAAAAUGGAGGACACUUACAAUAACAGGACUUCACUGGCUAAGGGGGCCAAGGACAUGGUGAAGGAAGCCAAACGGCACACAGCAAAGAAAGUCAACAAGGUGGUGGACAGAGCCACAGAUGAGUACUCAUCCCACCGUAACUACAGUCGCUUCCAGGAUGAGGAGGAUGAAGAUGAAGAUUUCUACAGGAACCCACCAAGGCAGGACGGAGAGCGCUACAAUGACAAUGAGGAGGGCUCCAGUGAUGCCACUGAGGGCCAUGAUGAUGAGGACGAGAUCUAUGAGGGCGAAUACCAGGGGAUCCCCUCUGCAGGAGACAGGAGGCACAAGGAAGGUCAGGUUGCAAUAGGGCAACCCGUGUCAGAUGCCACGAGAGACCGUAAGGGGUUAGAGGAGGAGAGGCAGGCCGACGAGGAGGAGCUGGCCCAACAGUAUGAGCUGAUCAUCCAGGAGUGCGGACACGGGAGAUUCCAGUGGCAGCUCUUCCUGGUGCUUGGGCUUGCCCUCAUGUCGGACGGUGUGGAAGUGUUCGUAGUGGGCUUUGUGCUGCCUAGUGCAGAGACGGACAUGUGUGUGCCAAACUCCAGCUCAGGAUGGCUCGGCAGUGUUGUGUACUUGGGGAUGAUGUUUGGAGCGUUCUUCUGGGGCGGUCUGUCUGACAAAGUGGGACGCAGACAGUGCCUCCUCAUUUGCAUGUCCACAAACGGCUUCUUCGCCUUCCUGUCAUCUUUUGUCCAGGGAUACGGCCUUUUCCUCCUCUGCCGUUUCGUGGCAGGCUUUGGGAUAGGGGGCGCUGUGCCAAUCGUUUUCUCCUUCUUUGCAGAGGUGUUGUCCAGGGAGAAAAGAGGAGAACACCUCAGCUGGUUGUGUAUGUUCUGGAUGAUUGGAGAGAUCUAUGCAUCUGCUAUGGCCUGGGCAAUCAUACCACACUACGGUUGGAGUUUCAGUAUGGGUUCAGCCUACCAGUUUCACAGCUGGAGGGUGUUUGUGGUCGUCUGUGCGCUGCCAUGUGUUUGUGCUGUGGUGGCACUUACCUUCAUGCCUGAGAGUCCCAGGUUCUAUCUUGAGGUGGGGAAGCAUGAUGAAGCCUGGAUGAUCCUCAAACAGAUUCAUGACACCAACAUGAGAGCACGAGGGCAACCAGAGAAAGUCUUUACUGUAAACAGGAUCAAGAUCCCAAAACAGCUGGAUGAACUGGUAGAAAUGGAGUCAGAGACUGGUAACCCAGUGUCAAAGGUUUUCUUUAGGAUAAAGGCUGAAAUACAUGGGAUCUAUCUGAAUCUCAUGAAGUGCUUCAACUACCCUAUGCGAGAAAACAUGAUGCGACUUGCCAUAGUGUGGUUUACCCUCUCAUUUGGGUAUUAUGGCCUUUCAGUCUGGUUCCCUGAUGUCAUCAAACAUCUCCAGGCAGAUGAGUAUGCUUCCAAGGUGAAGAUCCACAACAAUGAACGCAUUGAAGAUUUCACCUUUAACUUUACCCUGGAGAACCAGAUACACAGAAAUGGCCUCUUCCUCAAUGACCGAUUCGUCAAUAUGAAGCUGAGGUCCGUCACCUUCAUAGACUCAACCUUUCGAAACUGCUACUUUGAUGAUGUGACAUCGGUCGGCUCCUUCUUCCGUAACUGUACUUUCAUUGAUGCAUUUUUCUUCAACACAGACAUCGAUGACUCCAAGUUAAUAGAUGGCACCGAGGUGAUCAACAGUACGUUCACACACAACAAGAUAGGAUGUCAGAUGACCUUUGAUGACGACUACAGCGCUUAUUGGGUUUACUUCAUUAACUUCCUGGGGACACUGGCAGUUCUGCCUGGCAACAUUGUGUCCGCCCUUCUCAUGGACAAAAUUGGACGUCUGUCCAUGUUAGGGGGCUCAAUGGUCCUUUCAGGCAUUAGCUGUUUCUUCUUGUGGUUCGGCACCAGCGAGUCUAUGAUGAUUUUCAUGUUGUGCCUUUACAACGGCCUGAGCAUCUCUGCCUGGAAUUCUCUGGAUGUGGUGACAACUGAGUCAUUCCCGACAGUUAGGAGAGGAACAGGCUUUGGAUUCUGCAACGCUCUGUGUAAGCUGGCUGCAGUCUUGGGGAACCUGUUCUUUGGUUCUCUUGUUGGCAUCACAAAGGCCAUCCCGAUCCUCAUGGCCUCAUCUGUGCUCGUUGGGGGAGGCCUGGUUGGACUUCGGUUACCUGACACCAGGGCAAAUGUUCUCAUGUAACACGAGCAUCAAAUGGAUCAGCUGGAAUAAAGUCUGGGUAAAACCUGGGCAUGUCGGAAAGGAUGCCCAGGGAGUGUUGAGCAAGGAGUGCAAAUGGCUUGGUUCACAAUUUUUUGAACACCAUUAAUUUCAUUCAGCUAAACUACUUUAAGCCCGCUUCGGAUAUCGUUAGAUCAUAAAAUGACCCAUUAUCAGUUAAUAUCAGUACUAUUACAAUGAUUCAGAUUGGGCUAACUGCACCUUCCAGUUGGCCAGAAGAUGAAUAGCAAUCUGUAAGAAUAUAAAAAUGUCUGCAGUGUCAGGUGACAUUUUACCAAACCCUUGUUUUGAACGUGAAACUAAACACGAGGUAAACAUUGUGUAACAGUGAGAGUUUAGUUAAGUUCACUCACCAAAUCUGCAGUGUUAGGUUCGGAAAAAGGGGUUUUGGUUUUCUGUGAACUUCUAGACUUCAGUGUGCUCCCAAAUUUUUAAGCGAUGUUAAUUAUAUCUGUGGAAAUUACAUAAAUUUAACUUUUGGUCUCACACAAGUAACAAACUGCUAUCACCUUGGUAAACGUCUGUCAAACCCUGUCUGCUUGUAAGACCAUCCAUUCAACCCAACCCACUCUUUCUCAUUCUUUGUACUACUUCUCUCGACUUUCUAUGUUUUGCUACCAUGCAAUUACUACAGCCACUAGGCGUCACAGCCUUAAUGUAAAUAUGGUCUGUUUUACCUUAGCAUAAGAUGAUUACAGCCGACUUAUUUAAAAAGCAGGUACAGAAGAGCCCUUCUACCUCAUAUCCAAUUGCAAUGACAAUUGAUCACAGCCAUUUAAUGUGCUCAUAACACCAGAAUUGGCUGGUACCCCUGAUUAAGCUGGUUAGCCGUC